UUGAAAGUCGUGCCGAUCGUUGUGGUUUUAUUUUGAGACAGAUUCUCCUUUCGUCCUCAGCCAGCAAGAAGAAUUUAGGAAAUGAGAUGGCCAGGGUUUCUCACACCAACGCAUCUCUCUCAGCUCCUCCAAAAGCAGAAGAAUCCGUUAACUGCUUUUCGAAUCUUCAACGAGGCCAAAUCCCGUUACCCCGAUUAUCGCCACAACGGUCCCGUCUACUCCACUAUGAUAGACAUCCUCGGAAGCUCCGGCCGAUUCUCCGAGAUGAAAGAAUUGAUCGAACAGAUGAAAGACGACUCCUGCGAGAGCAAAGAUUCUGUUCUUGCCAAUGCAAUCAAAACCUACGCAAAAGCAAAGUUGCUCGACGAAGCCAUCUCUUUGUUUAGAAACCUUCCACAAUUCAAUUGCGUGAAUUGGACGAAAUCCUUCAACACCAUCUUGGAGGUACUCCUGAAUGAAGCCAAGUUCGAGACGGCACAUCGUAUCUACUUGGAGAACUCAAAUAGGUGGGAGGUGAAGACCUAUAUCCGUUCCUUCAACUUGUUCAUCGAUGCUCUUUGUCGGAGAAACCGUUCGGAUCUUGCCCUGCAGAUAUUCCAAGAGAUGAGUGAUCAAUCCUGCUAUCCAGAUAGGGAGACGUAUCGAUUGUUAAUGAGAGGCUUAUGCGAUGAUGGGAGGCUAAAUGAGGCUGUCCACUUGCUGUAUUCCAUGCUCUGGAGGAUCUCACAGAGGGGCUGUGGUGAGGAUGUAAGCGUUUACAUAACACUCUUACACGCUUUAUGUGACAAUGGGCAGGUCGAAGCGGCUUUAGAAAUCCUUGCCAAGGUCUUAAGGAAGGGUUUGAAGGCUCCGAAGAGGAGCCUGCAGGGUCUCGACCUGAACCGAUGUCUUGAAGAUGAAAACCCAGAAAGAAUUAAGGGUUUAAUCAGUGAGGCUCUGAUCAGAGGUGGUAUUCCUAGUUCGGCUAGCUAUAGUGCCAUUGCGUCGGAUCUUUAUUCCGAAGGAAAGAUCUGCGAUGCCAACAAAGUGUUCGAUGAAAUGCGGGAGAGUGGUUUUUUGCCAUCAGUUUCGAUGUAUGAGGCAAAGAUAUCAGCCUUGGGUAACGCCCGAAGAGCUGAGGAAGCUGUGAAGGUUAUUGAAAAGGACAUGGUGGAGGGGAAUUGUGUUCCCUCUGUCACAACGUAUAACAUUGUGAUGAAAGGCCUAUGUAAUGAAGGGCAGCCACUGAUGGCCGUGGGCUACUUAGAGAAGAUGUCUAAACAGGUGGGUUGCCGUGCUAACAAGGAGUCUUACAGUAUUUUAAUGGAUGGAUUGUGUCAAGAAGGUCAGUAUUCUGAAGGGAGUAGAAUUCUAGAGAGGAUGUUGGACAGAGGAUUUUGGCCUUGUGAUGCCACUUAUAAUAGACUUAUCAGAGGGCUUUGCCUAGUGGGCAAGAGAUACGAUGCUGUGCUCUGGCUGGAGGAGAUGGUCAGCCGAGGGAAGUCACCAAAGAUUGCUGUGUGGGAAUCAUUGGUAAUUGCUGUAUGUUCUGAUAUGGUCGAGGCUGGCGCUUCUGUUGUUGAUACACUUCAACAGCUCACUAAAUCUGAAGAGGAUUUCGAAGCUGAUCGUCCUUGUCUGCAUAUAUAGAUGGAGAAGUGGAAGGAAGCUUAUAGAGGUCAAUCCAAUUAAACUCAACCUUAUUCAUUUCGUCUUAUGUAUUUAUGGGUUUUGCAUUUU